AUGCCUUCCAAGGUUGAACCUCUUGAAUGUGAAGGCUUUUUACACCACGAUGAAGAUGAAGACGAUUUAGAUUUCGAAUUAGUCGAUCUUGAAACAAACUGUUCAUCCGACGCGGAAAAAACAAUUAAUAACAAUAACAUUUCUCAACCAUCAAGUAGCAGAACCCCACCCAACAAAUCUAGGCUCACCAAACGUUUCAAUGAUCAUUCUCCAUUAUCAUCAUCAUCAGGGACUGCUUUUAAUUUUAGUGGAGUAGGAGAGGACGAAGAACGAUUUAAUUUGAUAGAUUAUUUGGGACCACCACCUCGUCCUGUAGAAUCUUUCACUCAUCAUCAUCAUGACUCUCCUUUGUAUCGUAUUCCUCAAGUUGAGGAUGAAGAGGAUGAUUUUGCGGAUGAACAAUCACCUCCAUCACAAUCAUCAAAUCGAAAGUCUUACAAUCAACCAAUCCCAUCCUCAUCAACCAAACACACAUCUAAAAGCUUCACAAAGGAAGACAAUUUUAUUGAGAAUACUAGUGAUAGUGAUGAUGAUGAAAGUCUUCAACAUUCAUCAUCACGGUUUUAUCAUCAUUCUUCUCAACAACAACCACGACGUCACCGUUCUAACCACAGACGAACAUCAUCAGCAGAUUUCGAAUCAAAUUCUCAUUUUUCGAGCAUCAACAUCAGCAUUGGCAAUAGUUCAUCUCCUAUAACGCAUAGUGGAAAACAUCACCACAGAAACAAUAGCGAUAGUUACUUCCCUCAAGGUUAUAAUUCUCACAUUUACACUACAACACCAAUUAGUUCAAGUAGUAACCAUGCUGAACCUCAUAUUUUUCGAAUUUAUUCUCAAUCUCUUCCUUCCACCUCUUUUAUUCAAAUUAUGAAUGACCGAGCUUCUGGUGACAACAGUCACAAACACAAUAGAGGCUCUUCCCUUAUUGCUAAUAAUGGACCUGUUAAUCACAUUUCCAUUAGUACCACCCCAACCUUUCCGUCUACAGCAGAAACUAGAAGAGGAAGAGGUCAUAAAAGGGUCUCUUCAGCAACAAGCAUGCAUUUCACAUCUGCUGAUACAUAUCCUGAACAAAAUGCUGGUAACAUAGCUGACUCUAAUAAUAUUUCGAAUGAGAUACCAUAUACGAUCGAAGAGGCGGACGAUGCAAAUAAUUCAGCCUCUAGUACGUUUACAACAGUACCGGAUAUUCGUGUCACAUCAAAUGGAGACGCAAAUAUCAGACGAGGUUUUAGAAACAUGACUCCUCAAAACAUCGACACAACACAAGAGAGAAAUGUUAUUGCAAUUUUGUCAACAAGCCCAAAUGAAACAUCAAACACACAUGGUGCUUUAUCCUCUAGAAGAUCCUCGAUAACAGGUGGACAAAGAACAUCAGUGGUAGUGCAAAUGAUUAAGGUAAAGUGGAACGAACCAGAAAUACAAUCCGAAAGGAGACUAUCAGAAAUUUACGCACAAAGAAAAAAUAACGGAAGGAGGCGACCAAAAGUUCCCAACAUUCCAACAAGUGCAAAACAUAUGAGAGUGAAACCUAAGGUAAAAAAGCAUUAUGUUGAUAUUUGCACACAAACAGAUGAUGCUGAUGAGAAAUCUGUAGAGACAGUUAAAGAACAAUCAAAAGCAGGAAUCACUACUGACAGUUCUGAUAACGAAGAAACAUCUGGAGAAAUUACAGACACAGAACAUAGCAGUACAACGUCCAACGAAGAAAAGAUGCCUCAUGACAUGACACUGCAAGAGGAUGAUUUCACACUCCAACCUUCCCAGCAAGAAGAAGAGGUAUCAUCCAUUACUUUUCCAAUGACAUUUGUUGUUACUAAAACUUACAAUAGCCAUAGUAAUUCACAUUCACCAUCCACACCCUUAACUUCAAGAUCAACUGUGAUACAAAUUCCAAGCCUAACAGUUGAUACUUUCAAUCCAGAGCAAUACUUUAGUGAUUAUACCUAUACGGAUAAUCAUGAAGAGAAUAAGACAUCAUUAUUGGAAUGGUUUGAAAAGAAUGCUGAUGAUUCUAAAGAUGCACUCAACGAUGUAAAACGCAAAAUUUUAGAUCAAAAAGCUGGACAGCAUUAUGAAGGUAUUGAUGUCAAUGCCUUAAUUUUAAAAUACAGAGAUGCAGAGGGUGAACUAAUUACUAUUAGAUCCACAGAAGAGUUGAAAACAGCUAUUCAAGAUUAUCUUACAUCAAGGAAGCACAGGGCCAGUGGCGUCAAGAUUGAAGAUAUUAGUGAAGGCGAACAAAAUGAGCCAGCUUUUGAGUUAGAGGCUCACGUCGAUGAAUCACAACUUGUCGAUGAUGCAGAUUCUGAAGCCAGUUCGUUAUCGAUAUCCUUUGUUGGUCAGGACUUGGAGCCAUUUGUAAUGUUAGCCACAAACUUUGCAAAUGAGAGAAUGAAUAUAUUUGUGGAAACACAAUCACCACUUGUGAUUGUUCAACAGAUACAGCCAAGUCAUAACAAUAAUCAUGGCAUGUAUUUAGCGCAUACCUAUGGACAAAACUCACAUCAUAACUUCCAUCACUUUAAUGACCAUCAUCAUCACUCCAUAUCACCUCCUGCAUCAUACCAUUCCUAUCAUCCACCUACUCAAAUCGUCAAGAAAUCAGGAUUACACAAAAGCUUUUCGGAGGACGACAUUUUCAAACCUGCUGAAAAGAAACUAACAAAACACGAAGAGGUUAAGGAUGAAAGAUCAAGCCAAACACCAACCAGUUUAAUGUCCACUCAAGAGCAACAAAAAGCUCUUUGGUAUAGAGAUAUAUAUCAUUUUAGUUCAUUAUAUUGCCCGACAUUCGAAGAACAAAAGCAUUUAUUUGAUACAACACAAAUUGGAAAAGAACUCGGAAAGGGAGGCUUUUCAGUGGUUUAUAGCGCAAUUCAUAUCAUUACUGGCCAAAAUUUUGCCCUUAAAAUUUGUUAUCUCGACAAACUGAAACACAUGUACAAGAGCGAAAAGAGUGAUGUUGUAUUUGCUCGUAUUGUAAAUGAAAUUAAGAUUUUAGAAGACAUUGGAGAUCACCCUAACAUUGUGAAAUUUAUCGCAAGCGACUUGUUUAAAUUUACGAAAAUUUGCGAUGAAGAUCGUGAUAAGUACAACAAUGGAAGUAUUUCAAUGAUUAUGGAACUUGUUCACGGAGAUACUUUGCAUAAGGUUGUUCGAGAUAGUGCAAUUGGAAGAUUACACGAAAACAUUGUGAGAAUUUACGCCAAACAAAUUGUGGAAGCUCUUUCGUAUUUACAUGGAAAAGAUAUCAUUCACGGAGACAUUUCUCCUUCUAACAUUAUGAUUGAUCGAUGGGGCAUUCCCAAGUUGAUUGACUUUGGACUUUCUAGAAAGUUAAAUUCACCUCAAAUUGGUGAAAAAACCAUUACCGGUACAUGCAUGUAUAUUGCACCUGAAGUAAUGUCUCAUCUUCAAAGUAGUACUGCUUCAGAUAUUUUUUCAUUUGGUUGUAUUGUUUUAGAAGCAUUAACUGGAAGAAGACCCUAUCCUGAGUUGGAAUCCCUUCAAGAACCUUUGCAAGUAUUUUUCCAUAUUCUCAAGAACCAAAAAUCUCCAGAAAUUACAGAAACAGAAGCCUCUGAAUACUCGAUCUCCAAAGAAGCUUUGGAUUUUCUUUCCAAAUGUCUCUGCUGGAAUCCAACAGAAAGAGCAACAGCUAAGCAAUUGUUACAACAUCCAUUCUUAAUUCCAAUGUCACGAGAGGAAGUGAAAAAGUCUCUAUUAUCGACCAACUUUAAAAUACGAGAACAAAAUCAAAUUGAUGCAAAACUCACUGGAACAACGACAAAUGCUACUUCAAAAGGAGCUGCCUCUAAUGAAUCUGUGGACUUUUCGACGAGCUCUGAUGAAGAUUUAUUUGACGAUGAUGUCGACGAGGAUGAAGAAAGCUCAUAA